CUAACGGAUUCCUAGAUAACAAAGAUCUUUCAUAAGAGGCCAACUUGUUUUUUCACAGGAGAUAAGGAGAUAAGCCUUAAAGAGUCCUUUAUAAUAAUAGCCGAUACAAUGUUGUCAUCCAUAAAAAUGUUAUCUUUACAAGAAAGCACUUUGGCAAUUUCAGCAGAAAUAGCCUCUCUCUAUAAGGCAAAAAUCAUUUAAGGUUGGAGAAGUUUUGAUGAGUCAUCGUGUUGUUAUGUUUAUGCUUUAGGAUUUAGAAAAAAAUGGGAGUCCCAAAGUUUUAUCGUUGGCUAUCUGAAAGGUAUCCUUGCUUAAGCCAGGUCAUUAAAGAACACCAGAUUCCUGAGUUUGAUAAUCUCUAUCUUGAUAUGAAUGGUAUUAUUCACCCGUGUUCUCAUCCCAAUGAUGAUGACCCACAUUUUCGAAUAACGGAAGCAGAAAUUUUUAAAAACAUAUUUAAUUAUAUUGAGGUUUUAUUUCGCAUCAUUAAACCUAAGAAAAAUUUCUUUAUGGCGGUGGAUGGUUGUGCUCCAAGAGCUAAAAUGAAUCAACAAAGAAGUCGAAGAUUCAGAACUGCUAAGGAGGCAGAAGACAACAUUCGUAAGGCCCUGUUAAAAGGCCAAACAUUGCCUACAGAAGAUAGGUUUGAUUCUAACUGCAUAACACCAGGUACCGAAUUCAUGGCAAGACUUCAAGUACAGUUAAAGUAUUUUGUAAACAAAAAGAUUUCAACAGAUCCAAUGUGGCAGCAGUGUUCAGUUUACUUAUCUGGUCAUGAUGUCCCUGGUGAAGGAGAACACAAAGUUAUGGACUUCAUUCGUUAUUGCAAGUCUAAGCCUGGGUACGACCCAAAUACACGUCAUUGUUUGUAUGGAUUAGAUGCUGAUUUGAUAAUGUUGGGGUUAACAAGUCACGAACCUCACUUUGCAUUGCUUAGAGAAGAAGUAAGAUUUGGAAAACAGUCAAAAAGGCUGACACGUCCAGAACAGCAAACAUUUCAUUUACUUCACUUAUCCCUGAUGAGGGAAUACAUUGACUUUGAAUUUGGAUCUCUAAAGCCUUCCUUACAUUUUCGUUACGACUUGGAAAGAUUAAUAGAUGACUGGAUAUUAUUAAGUUUUCUGGUUGGCAAUGACUUUAUUCCUCAUCUGCCACAUAUGCAUAUCAACCACGACGCCUUGCCUUAUUUAUUUGGAGUAUACAAAGAGUUCCUACCAACAACAGAUGGAUAUCUUAACAACGGUGGGGAUAUCAAUCUUCACCGCUUGAAAAAGUUUUUCGAAACUUUAAGCAAGUUUGAUCGAGAUCGUUUUGAAGAAGUUUAUGCUGAUCUUAAAUGGCUUGAAAGUAAAGGUGCUGGAAAUUUAUUAAAAAGUGGUGAAAAAGGAAGUCCUGAAAAAAAGAAAUUUUCAAAGUUUUUGGUCUCACUUGAUGAAGAUGAGUUUUUUCACAGUCCAGUGAAGCAAAAUAACCCAUUUUCGGCACUAGCAAGCAUGUCUGCAGAUUUUGAUAAAAAUUCUAAACAAUCUCCAGACAAAGCACCCAAAAAUGUUGAUGGUAAUGAAGAUGGUGACGGUGACUGUGAUGAUGUAGAGGUUGAGGAUGAAGAAACAUUUGAACUAGAAUUCAAACAACAUAAACGGCAUUACUAUAUGGAAAAAUUUGACAUGGACAUCGUUGAUGACGAACAGAUUCACACAAUUUGUUAUGAGUAUGUCCGUGCCUUGCAAUGGAAUGCUCAUUAUUACUUCAAUGGAUUACAAUCUUGGAGUUGGUAUUAUCCUUAUCAUUAUUCACCGUACAUCUCUGAUGUGGCUAAUUUUGACAUCAAAGAGUUGCAUUUCGACAUGGGAAAACCGUUUCAUCCGUUUGAACAACUCCUGGCUGUUUUGCCAGCUGCAAGCAGGAAGUUACUUCCUGUUGCAUUUCAACAUCUGAUGGUUAUGGAUAAUUCACCUAUUAUUGAUUUUUACCCAACGGAAUUUCGAACGGAUUUAAAUGGCAAACAACAAGAAUGGGAAGCAGUUGUGCUCAUCCCUUUUAUUGAUGAGGGGCGGCUUUUAAGGGCAAUGCUUCCCAAUUAUGCACAUUUAACUGAUGAAGAAAAAGAGCGUAAUUCCUUUGGCAAGUGUUUUAUGUACAAAUAUGAUAAAACAUUAAAUUUUGUUUAUGCGUCUUCGUACCCUGAACAUUUUGAUGACAUAAACAUGUGUAAAGCGAAAGCAGAGAAACUUGAUCGAGAGCAUUUUCAUCUGGACAUGGGCUUAUUAAAGAAGGGUUUAAUGAAAGGAACUUUACUUGAUGUAUAUUUCCAUGGUUUUCCAACCAUGAAGCAACUCAAGCACGAAAGUUACUUGAAAAAAGCUGGUGUGAAAGUGUUUCAACAAAACAGUCGAAACAAUAAUAUGAUUGUAAAAAUCAUUCCAGGAAGCUUACCAUCAAUUGAAGAAAUUGCAAAACAUCUCCUUGGUGAAACAGCAUACGUGGAAUGGCCAUACAUGGUUGAAGCAACUAUCAAGUCGGUUUGUGAUGACAGUAUACACUACUAUUUGGAUGGAAAAAAUCAAUUGCAAUCUAAAAUGCUCGGUGGUGAAGAAUACAAAAGCGUUGUGCGUGAGAUGAAAGCUAUUGAAACUUAUCAUAUGGGAAGAAGAGGUAUCGAAUUAGGAGAAGUUAAAGUGAUGGUGGAGGCAAACUUGCUCUUAGGGAAAAGAUAUGUGUGUGGACACAAAGGUUCUGUGAAAUUGCAAAAAGAAUGGAGCCCACGAUCCAGCUUUUAUGCAUAUCAAGGUGUAGUACAGGACCUUAGUGUUAAUGAUGAACAGUGUGAGGUAUUUGAUUCCAUUGAAAAUCUUUAUCCAGCUGGUUCAAAUAUUUUCAUGAUGGCUUCACCACACUAUGGUUCCCCGGGAGAAGUGAUUGAGUGUGAUAAAGAAGCUGGACGUGUCCGUGUUGCAUUAAAAGUUGACCCUGAACCAGACUUUACCAGCGUCAUUAGUAAAUAUGAUUCUUUGUCGAUUCAUUAUAUAUCUGAUCAUGCUGUUUCCCGUCGUCUUGGAAUAUCAACUCAGUUACUAGGACGGAUAACAGGAGAUGUUUACAUAUACGAAAGAGAAGAGUACGGUAGUGGAAACCUUGGUAACAUUGGACUGAGACUCAAAUAUUCUGGCCAAAACAAGGAGGCGUUAGGAUUUGCACGGAGAGCGGAGAAAGGUUGGACCUACCCGCCUGCAACAAUUGCCAUACUUGAAGCAUAUAUGAAGAAGUAUCCAGAGGUGUUUGAAGCUUUAGGAAGAGCUACCAAUCAUGAACAAUAUGUAUUUUCAAAGUUGUUUCCAAAGAAAGACAAGAAGUAUCUUGAACAAAUUAAAUUGUUUUUAAAAAGUCAACCUUGCCACAACGUGCAACAUGUGAGGUGUGGAAGUAAUGUAUUGGAUGAACCUGUAGUCCAGGAGAUUGAACGAGAAAUUGAACGUCUAGAGGAUUUACAUAAAGAAAGAAAAAUUGUAAAAGUCAAAUUAAAGCCCUUCCUGUUGUUUCGAUCAACAGAACAGUUUGGAAAAUUAUCACCAGAUCCUAAUACUGAAUUCCUUCUCCUGGAUCGAGUUGUGAAUGUUCAAAAUGGAAUUACUGUACCUCUUGGUUUAAAAGGAACAAUUGUUGGAAUACAUCAAGUUCUUACAGACGAGAAUGAUAAAAACUCUCCCACAGAAACACGUUAUGAAGUUUUGUACGAUAAAACAUUUCUUGGUGCAAUGCCAGUUAGAUCAAAAGAAAAACGUGGUUAUUUUAUGCUGGGUUACUCAUUGUUAAAUAUCUCCUACGGUGAACGCAAAGAAAAAAAGAAAAAGGGCGUCCCCCUUUCCUCUCCAAUGUCAUUUCAAAGCAAGAUCACUCAAUCUCCAGCCUCCAGUCCAUGUAAUUCUAAAAGAUCUGAUGCUUUUCAAACUCCAACGAAAAUAUAUGGCAAAUCUCCGAGCCAAAAAAGUCAAUCAACUCAAGGAAAAUCUGCACAGAAGGAAGAAUUGGUAUCCCCAGACUACUGGCUAAAGGGAAGCUACUCUAAUAAGAAAGCGCAACCAAAUUCGACACCACCGCAACGUCAACGGCAGAGUGGAAACACACCCGUACAGAUCGUAAAGAACAGCCCACAACAAAUUGGUGCAAAUAAUGACUUCAUGAACAUGUGGCAAGAGAUGAAGAAGAACGAGUCACCAUCACCACGUCAUCCUCAUCAUCCUCAACAUCCUCAACAAGGUGUUGACCAGAAUGCGACAGCUGUUAUUCAUCAGAUGCUACAUAUAGACAGCCAAUCUAGUACCCAGAGCUAUAGACAGCAACCUCAAAAACAAGCUCCCUCUCUAUACCAACCCACUGUUGCUAGCCAAAAUUCGUUUGUAGCCAUGUUGCAUCAAAUAUGCUUACAAUCCAAUCUACCUCUACCAAAGUAUGUAUACUCUGAAACGCAGCAGGGAACCAGUGCAUUAGUUCUCAUUGGGCCCACCAUCAAAUGUAGUGGCGGUAUGUGUACCACGCGACAACUUGCGGCGGAAAACGCAGCCAGUGUUACGUUAAUGCAUCUGUCACAAUUACAUCCCAGUCUUAGAGGAGCACCUCAAAUAUUAUCUCCUAUUAGACCACUUCCCGUGACGUCUCCACUCCAGUUCCAUCUGACACCAGUUCCGGUUGGGGGGAGAUUCCAACAACCUCAAUUUCAUCCAUUUCCCAGCAGUCAGCAGAGACCACGACAGUUGUACCAAUCUCCAGGAAGCUUUGGUGGUGCCACGCCUAAAAGACAUAAUGAAAGGGGUUUUCAACCAAGACAAAGUUACUCCCAGGGACACCUGUCGCAAAGGCCACAUCCUAAUGAUGCUCACAUGAGUAAAUCAGAUUCGAAGGUGAACAACUCAGCCAGUAGAAGCAAGAAUCCAUUCAUUCCACAUCAGGUUGUAAUGAAGAACAAACAUUCGAUGGACAAUGCGCGCUCCUUAAAUUCAGAAAAUGCAGACAGAGAAAUAAAAGACAUUCUUGGCAUGCCAUCAAAAGAUGAAGAACUAAAGAACUUAAUAGGGGUACCCACUGACAUACAAGGAAGUGCGGAAAGUGUUAAAAGGGGCGAGGAGCUAAAGAGUCUGUUAGGGAUUUCACCUAGGGAUAAAGAUGAACAACUAAAGGAUUUGAUUGGCGUUGGUAAAGUGAAUGGCGAUGAUUAUUUAAAAAACAUCCUUGGUGUUAAACCAGUUAGCGAUGAUGAUAAGCUAAAAGAAAUGUUGGGUAUGAAUGACCCCGUGGAGGAGAGCAAUAGCGAUACUGAUGGUGAGGAGGAGGAUGAAGGAGAUGAAGACGAGGAAGUUCUAGCUAAACCACUUGAAGAGGAAGCUGAAAAAACAGAAGAAGUAAAGAUCGCAGAUGACAAAUUUUCUGAAGCGUUAGUGGGGAUGCUUUCAUUGUGUGAAAUUGCACCAAGUUCUUCACCAACACCAGACAGUACUUCGUCAGAAUCUAAAGACAAUUCCCCUUCUUCAGUAACAACAAAAACGAUGGUAGCGAUACAGAGUCAGUCUUCUCCGGAACCAGCUGUAGGAGAAGUUGCCAAGAAGUCUGUAAAGAAGCCUCAAAUUUUAUUAGCACCAAGUUUUUUUGGUCCCAAAAAGAAGUAAAUAAUUUAAACAACACAUUUUAGACGCCAUAUAUAACAAGGUUUGAAAAUUGUUGAAAAUCUCGAAUUUGAGUUCAAAUUUCUAUUGCCUUAUAAUGAAGUAAAGUCUAGGUUCCAAAUCAUUUAGGUAUAUACUUACGCCCGGUUUACACCUUCUUAUUGAAAUUGUUGUUUACUCUUUUAUUUAAAGUGCAUGUUGAAAAUUGUUGUGUUUAAUGCGUGCUUCUUGCAUUAUUUUAUCUACUUUUAACAUGUAAACAUUUGUAUUUUUACAUUAUUUUUACUGAUCAAAAUAAAAGCUGAAAAAUUA